AACGCAAUUCCCAAACGGUCCGAAUAUAAUCAGCGAUUGCGUCGGGUGUUUACACACAAGCUGCUUAAACCCUAAAGCUUGACCCUUUUUGGCUCUUGUGACAAUGGAAGACUCUCACAUUGAAGAUGGGGAAACCCAAGGCAACGUCGAGGUUGCUCCGGCAUUGAUUUCCGUCCACCCAUCUCAGAACUCCGUCGCCGUCUCUGUCGGGUCGGAUCUGCGCGUCUUCGACCUCGUAGAUAAGUGUCCAGCGACUUUGGUGGAUGAUUCUGGAGGGCCUUCUCAUAAGGAUUCUAUUAGGGCUAUUCGCUAUGGUGCAAAUGGGAGACUAUUUGUAUCUGCAGGCGAUGAUAAACUCGUCAAGAUUUGGUCUGUAGGGUCUUGGCAUUGCAUCAGCACUGUAUGUUCUGAGAAGAGAGUCACUGCUGUUGCCAUUAGUAACGAUGGUCUGCACGUUUGCUAUGCGGAUAAGUUUGGUGUUGUGUGGGUGGUUGAGUUGGAUGGGAUCAAUGAGGGUAAAGUUCUACCUAGUAAGAAGACUGCACCAAUGCUUUCCCAUUACUGUAGCAUUAUUACGAGUCUGGAGUUUUCACCUGAUGAUUGUUAUAUUCUUAGUGCUGACCGUGACUUUAAGAUUCGGGUAACUGUAUUCCCCAAGAAGCCUCUAGAAGGGGCUCAUGAAAUACAGAGUUUUUGCUUAGGCCACACAGAGUUCGUUAAAUGCCUAGCCUUUGUCCGCACUCCAGAAUUUCCCCAGGGAUACCUUGUGUCUGGAAGUGGUGAUUCAACUGUUCGGUUGUGGGAUAUCACCUCUGGAUCUCUACUUGAUACUUGUAAUGUUAGCACAAAGGCAGGACAUGUAGAGUCUGAUGAAGGUGAACCGACCCAAUGUACUGUUACAGACAUAUGCACCAUCCCGAAUUCAUCUCUUGUGGCUGUGGCCAUUCAGAGCUUACAAGGAAUAAUGCUGCUAAGCUGCGACGUAUUGGCCCGGAACCUGUCUAUCACUAAGGUGAUCACCAUCCCUGGAGAAAGCUUCAUCCCCACAAGUAUAUGUAUGGGGGUCAGUAGUUCAACCAAGGAGUUGUUAGUAUGGUUGGUAACAGGUGCUUCUAACCUGCCUAGUUCGAGCCAUCCAUCGUUUUCCCGGGUAAGGGCCAUCUCUCUGUCCAAGAAACCCGAUGGAGAAGCCAUCGAUAACGGGCACUCUGUGGUGGAAGAUGAACUGAUUCCAGGAGGGAUGAAACUGCUGGAGAAGUUGCAGGGUAAGGUCUCCAUAGAAGAGGAAGUCAUAUGUGCUGCUACAGAGGCUGUGAGGACAGCAAUGUCUAGCCUUUUGAUGAAGAAGCAGUACUCUUCUGAGAAGCGUGAAUUCAGGAAGAGGACCCGAAAUGAUAAGAAAAACGUUCACUGAUGAUGGAUGGCAAUGCCAUGCUUCAUUAUUGUUUUUUGUAACAUUGAGCUUCAUGUUUCCGCUUUGGAAUUUCCCACCAUCCCAUUUG